AUGAAUCCGAAAACCCACCACCAACCACAGGGCCCAGGGUCGCUCCCAAGCCCCAGACAAACCCAGUGCCAGCGAGAUACGCCCCACGCUCAUUUCGAGUCGUCAUGCAAGGCCAAAAACGUCGUGUCAGAACGUGUUAUUCUUGCUAUAUGCGUAAACAGAAAGCGAUGUGACCGCCAAUAUCCAUGCAACAAUUGUACCCGCCGUCGUCGACCUGAAGAGUGUGUCUACGAUUCUCCACAUGUGAAUAUCUCCUGUCCGUCAGUCCUUGCAGAUCAGCCGGAGACCCAACCAUUUCGACCGGUAGAGAGUGCACGGCCCAUGCGGGAAACAGCCGUGGAUGACUCCGAAGCUCACUGGUCUAGAGAGCAUUCGGCACUUGCUCGAUCAUUUGGUUAUUUUGAGGAUAGCAAUUCCAACACAUUGGCUCUGCUCCGACGGCUAGAAUUACCUGAUCAAACUGAUACAGAGCUAAAGAAUGCCUCGCCCUCUACUUGGGACACCGUUCACUGUGAGCUUGAUCCCAUGCCUGACCGCCAAAUCAUGGACUUUCUUGUACAAUCUUUUGUCCGUGAAUUGAAUUGGAUAAAGCAAGUCAUCCACGCCCCCAGCUUCUUGAUGGAUUAUCAGCUGUGGUGGGCAAAGGAUAAAAUAACGGACAUUGCCGACGUCGAGUUUGCAGCUCUAAUUGCUCGCAUUUGUUCUUAUGCGACACAAUUUCUACCGUCCCGGUCUCAUACUGUUGAUCAAAUUCUUGGUCGGUCACUAGCCGAUAUUCGUGACACCUGCAGUAGUAUUGGAAAAAAUCUUGCGACAGCGUGUGAGAUUCUUGGCUGGAAAGGCACUUUGGUCCGUGUUCAACAAAUCAUUUUUGCUGCAUUGAAAGUCUCAUGUGAAGGGAGGACUAGUCAAUUAUGGGAGGGCAUAGGUUCUGCAUGUCGAGCUGCUCAAAAGGCUGGCAUCCACACUGAUACUAUUGGUUUUGUGGGAUCUCAGUUUGCCAGAGAUAGUGCCCAGGAGUUAGAAAGAGAUAUUCAGCGGAGGACAUUCUGCAGCCUUUACGUUUUGGACAGUCAUUUGUCCAGACAGCUAGAUCGGACCCCCUUCAUACCCGAUCACUUGGUCGAGCAAACACUACCCCGGCUCCGCGUGAUGCCAGACAUUGGCAAUAUACCAACAGAAACAGCUACCAGAGCGCCAGAUAUCUUCACCGAACGUCUCCUGCAAGUUCAGCUUGGCUUGUUUUGGCGAGGGCUAGGGUUACAGCGUACCUCCGAGUUUAACCUGACCGAGAGUGAGCGGAGGUAUGAGAAGCUAAACUCUGAGUAUCUAGUCAACUUACACCCGGCCUUCGCUAUAACGCACCCAGACACCACUUUGGAUAAGGCUAUUCCAAAGUUACCCAUGCAAAGACAACUUCUAUAUAUCGCGAUCUUCGACUCAAUUUGUUGGAACUUCCGACCUCUCCUGCUGCUCAAGCCAAACCAAGUCGCAAGGUUAGCCCCCUACAAAAAGGUUCUUCUCCGGUCGCAGAAACAGAGGCUUGGUAUGGCAGCACUGAAAGUGCUCGAAGCUGUUGCAACCCUUCAUACAAUGUUUGGGGGUUCCUAUACGCGCUUUUCUACAAUUAUCUUUAACUCUUUUGAGCCUGCCAUUCUUCUGCUUAAUCUGUGUUCCAAUGCAGAUUUCCUAUUUGAUCAAGACGAUUAUCACACAGACCUUAUGGGAAUCAAGGUCAGAAUGACAUACCGAAUAGCAAUGCAGGCGGUAGAGCAGGCUGUUCAACGUCUUCAAAUGUUAGCCGACCUAAGUGACAUCGCUGCCUCUGGAGCCCGUGUGGCUACUCUGCUUUUUGCCAGAUGUGUGCAGCCCAAGCAGUCAUCUAGUCCGCUCGCUCCCACAUUGUCUAUUUCUGGUUCUUUGGGGCCAACCCAGUUCCGGCCUCCGAUAGAAAGGUAUGGCGAACAGGAAGAAUGGCCGUCUUUGGAAGCAGGGGAUCAUUAUUUGAUGCCCGAUAAUUUUUCCUCAAUGGCGCAAGAAGACUCUUUUCUAAGUCCCCAGUUCUUCAUUGGAAUUCCCCAUACUCUGGGGGGAGGCAUUCUUCUGAUGUUGUCUUCGAGCUAUAGGGAUUUA